AAAAGAACAUCCAUUAGGUUUUCGAUUAUCACUUUGUUUUGUUCGACGCGUGACGGUAUCUAAAAAGGGCUGUUCAUUUGCUUAGAAACUGCUGGUAGAAAUGGCGACGAAAGAUCGGGCGGUGAUGAAGAUGAGCACCACGGAAUUUACAUGGAAGAUUGAGAAUUUCUCAAAGCUGAAAGAAGCCAAGGUCUACUCCGACACGUUCCUGGCCGGGGGCUACAGAUGGAGGAUUCUCGUAUACCCAAAUGGAAGCGUUGGUUAUCCUGAUUAUCUGUCAGUAUAUUUGGAUUUCCCUGAUUGGCAAACGAUGCCUAACGGAUGGAAAGUACCAGUUUUCAUCAGCUUGACUCUGGUCGACCAACUCAAUGCCACCUUCUCUGUGCGAAAGUAUUCCGGAACUGAUCUCAGUAAAGAUAAUGGUACCUCCUGGGGAUUCUGUUUUGUGUCCAAGGCCGACCUUCAAGAUCCACGCAAAGGGCUCCUCGUUGGUGAUACCCUCCUUAUUGAAGCUGCAGUUUGUACUGAAGCGGCAGCAUCAGAAGCUGCUGCUGAGCCCAGUGUUGGAGACACUAGCAAUCCAUUCUCUCUGUCAAGUGCGGAAUUGGCCUCAAGAAACCUGAUAGCAGAACUAUCAUCAAUGACUCUCAGUGCCAACCCUUCUUCAAACCCAGACCAUGGUUCGGUUUUGCUGCAACAGCAGAGGAAGAAAUUGGUUGGAUUCCUAAGUAUGUCAGUUGAGACCAUGGCCCAAACCGAAUCGCUCGAUCAUGUUGAGAACAUUGCCCGCCAAGUAGCUGAGCAUGCUGCAACUGAUCCACGUGAGAAGGCAGUACUGAAAGAGCUGGUCGAACGCAUGGGUGAGUUUAAAGAGGUCGUUCCUAGCUCCCUAGCCGCUAUUGAGAGAAGCAAUUUAAUCGAAUCAUCGGUGGCCCAACUGACAAAAGGUCUGGAGGUAAGGAAGAUUCUUUCCAAGAUGUUGUUGAGCAAUUUGGUGGCUGAAGCUUAUAGACUUGGGAAAGAAGGCAUGAAGCUUGAGGCUGAAAUUCAGCAGUUAUCUGCCCACAAGAGAAAAGUUAUAGAGGAAAGAAAUUCAAUUACGGUGGAACUGGAGAAGGCCAACCAAGAUGCUUCCAAUUUACUAGAAGAGUUGCAAAAGCAGCGUGGAGAAAGCGAAGAAGCAGUGCAGCGCAGGAUGAGAGCUCAGGAAAAACUAGCUGAGUCCAACUCUAGUUGGAAGCUUCUCGAGCAGAAGUUGGGAUGGUAGCAGUAAGUAGUAACCUUGUUAGAAUGGAUGGCUUUUGCCUUUUGGAUGGCAGUUAUAGUACUAGUGGUUUCCUUUGAAUGAAUACUUGGAAAGAUAGUGUUGAUAGUACUAGGCCAUCUUUUGUCGGUUUAUGGUGACCGGAGGAUUUGGCCUUUUUUCUGGUAGUUUUUCCCUUCGAUUUCUGCCUUUGGAAUUUGUUAAAAGAGUAUGAUUUAGUCUUGUGAUGAA